AUGCCUUACAACAUCGCCAUGGUCAGCGACUUCUUCUUCCCACAGCCUGGAGGAGUCGAGAGUCAUAUCUACCAGCUGUCGCAAAAGCUCAUUGACCGCGGUCACAAGGUCAUCAUCAUUACCCAUCAGUACGAGGGUCGCACUGGAGUCCGCUAUUUGACCAAUGGCCUCAAGGUCUACCAUGUGCCCUUCUUUGUCGUCUACCGCGAGACGACUUUCCCUACCGUCUUCUCCUUCUUUCCCAUCUUCCGCAACAUUGUCAUCCGUGAGAGGAUCCACAUUGUUCAUGGCCAUGCCAGUCUGAGUAGCUUGUGCCAUGAGGCCAUCCUGCAUGCCCGUACCAUGGGUUUGCGCACCGUCUUUACUGACCACAGUCUGUUUGGCUUCGCCGAUGCUGCCAGCAUCCUGACCAACAAGCUACUCAAGUUUACCCUUAGUGAUGUCGACCAUGUCAUUUGCGUCAGUCACACGUGCAAGGAAAACACCGUCCUCCGCGCCUCUCUUGAUCCUCUCAUGGUAUCCGUCAUUCCCAAUGCCGUUGUCGCUUCCAACUUUCGUCCUCUGCAUCCCCAAGAUGCCACCCAACCUUCAAUGCGCUCCGCUCUACCACCUCCACCUCCUCAAUCCUCUCAACCGCUCGGUCCCAAUGACACCAUUACCAUUGUCGUCAUCUCGCGUCUCUUCUACAACAAAGGAACUGAUCUCUUGAUUGCUUCUAUCCCUCGCAUCCUCGCUUCUCAUCCCAACGUACGUUUCAUUAUUGCCGGCUCUGGUCCAAAGGCAAUCGAUCUCGAGCAAAUGCUCGACCGUCAUAUCCUUCACGAUCGAGUAACCCUUCUGGGUCCUGUGCGUCACGAAGAAGUUCGCGAUGUCAUGGUUCGAGGUCACAUAUAUUUGCAUCCCAGCUUGACCGAGGCUUUUGGAACCGUCCUAGUAGAGGCUGCAAGCUGCAACCUACUCAUCGUAUGCACCAGAGUUGGUGGUAUUCCUGAAGUCCUCCCUGGCCACAUGACCGUAUUUGCCAAACCCGAAGAAGACGACCUUGUCCGUGCAACCAGUGAAGCUGUCGGUCUAUUAAUGGGACAAGAUCAAAAGCGUACCGUUGUUCGCAGGGACCGUUUUCAUGAGCAGGUUCGCAUGAUGUACAGCUGGUCUGACAUCGCACGUCGCACUGAGCGUGUCUACGACUUGAUCACUGGAAAUGAGGAGCAGUUUUCGAAUGAUUUCUACUCUGACCAACAAGAUGCCAAAUGGCGCAACUAUGGAAAACACGUUUCUCCUUCUUCACAAUCCUUUGCCUUGAUUGAUCGUCUCAAGAGAUAUUACGGUUGUGGUAUAUGGGCUGGCAAGCUGUUUGUGCUUUGCGUCGUCAUUGACUACCUACUGUUUGUAUUCUUGGAACUGUGCUUCCCUCGAAGCAACAUCGACAUCUGUCGAGAUUGGCCCAAGAAGAAGGAGGCAAUGGAUGCUCCCAACGACGUCAAUGCCGACAAAAACUUGACAAAGAGGACUCGGACUAUACGAACUAUCAGCCUGGAAGCUUCAAAACAGAAUUCGACAUGA